AUGAAGACCGCCGCGAUCGUGCUAUGGAGCCUCAUAGCUAUGGCAUUAGCCAUCCCACUUGACUCGGUGGCAGCAGACCCCGACGCCGAAAUAUGCCAGGCCUUCUGCGACGGCGCGUGCCCGGAAGGAUGGACGAAGAAGGCAGACGACACGGGCGCUGGCGCGGCGCAGGCUCUGAUCUACGUAGCAACGUUUGGCUUGGAGGUUCUCAGAGCUGGGCUGGUGGUGAGAUGGACGACUGGGUUUGCUGGUGUUUCCGAACACCUCCGCUUAUCGCCUAUCCCGAUUGAAAAUCGUCCUGAUCCCCGUGACAGCAACCCAUCCGAUGACGACAGCAGUAACAGCCAACCGAAUCUCCCUGACGAUGUCCACGGCAGCGGGCCCGAAGUGAAUGGCGUGGAUGUGGUUUAUCGCGCCCGAGUGCGCUGCUGA